GGCAGCCCAGCCGGGUCCCCGCCCUGUUCCCAGUUCCCGAGCCGGGCCCCGGCGGCCUUUAAAUGCCGCCCAGGGCCAGCGCGACGCGGCCCUCGUCACCUUUCUGCCUCGGGAGGCGACAGCAGCACCCCGAGGAAGAAAGCAGCCGCGACUCGGCAGCCCCGGUCCGGGCAGCUGCGGCCACCUCCGACCUCCCGGCCCGCGCCGCCUCCCGCUCCCCUCCCCCUCCACCCCGGCCCAGCCUGCCCGGUCGGCGCCUGGCCCCAGGCGUGCGCGCGCGCGCGCGCGCCCGCGUGUGUGUGCGCACGCCCGACCAGCCUCGGACCCGCGCCCCCGCCCGGCGCAGGACCGCCCCGGGAUCCCCGCCCGCGCGCCGCGUCCCACGUCCCCCCGCCGCCGCCGCGCCGGGCCGCCAGCCGUGCACCCCGGCGCGCCGUGCAAGAAGAUGGCGGGAUCGGUGGCCGACAGCGAUGCCGCGGUGAAACUAGAUGAUGGGCAUUUAAACAACUCCUUGGGCUCUCCAGUUCAAGCCGACGUGUACUUCCCACGACUGAUAGUUCCAUUCUGUGGGCACAUUAAAGGUGGCAUGAGACCAGGCAAGAAGGUGUUGGUGAUGGGCAUUGUUGACCUCAACCCAGAGAGCUUUGCCAUCAGCUUGACCUGUGGUGACUCUGAAGACCCUCCCGCCGAUGUGGCCAUUGAACUCAAAGCUGUGUUCACAGACCGGCAACUACUUAGAAAUUCUUGUAUAUCUGGGGAAAGAGGUGAAGAACAGUCCGCAAUCCCUUACUUUCCAUUCAUCCCAGACCAGCCAUUCAGGGUGGAAAUUCUCUGUGAGCACCCACGUUUCAGAGUGUUUGUGGAUGGACACCAACUUUUUGAUUUUUACCACCGCAUUCAAACGUUAUCUGCAAUUGACACCAUAAAGAUAAACGGGGACCUGCAGAUCACUAAGCUUGGCUGAUGCUGUUUAAACCUCCUCUGUUUCACGUAGGAUCAGGUGCCACAACUGCCUGACUGUGGGUCUGGAAGAAGUGUGCUAGCAAGACCUGGAGACUUAAAAAGAAAACAAAAACAAAAAGCAGGAUUUACUGUCUCUUCUUUCUGUGCAGUUUAAACCCAAAAUGACAACUCCAAACUGUGGUUUGCCCUUAGGAAGCUGUCAGAACAAAGACACCGAGCCAUUAUUUCCAGAACAAAGUAAUACAUUUAUGCUGGAUUUUAUUCAGACUAUAUUGACAUGGAUUUGUGAUAAUUUGUGAUCUGGUAGCAAGUUAUUCAUCUUUUCAAAGCAAGGUGAUACUUAGAAACAAAAGUGCUAAAGACUUAAAACAACACCACCACCAACAAAGACGGUACACCGAGAUCAACUCAUUUCUGCACUGAAGUGAAGUGUGUAGCACAACCGACAUUUUAGUCAGGGUAUUUACAUAGAAUGUAGGUUGUUCAAGGUUUGGUUGGUUUUGUUUUGUUUUGUUUUGUUUUUUCUUGUUUUUUGGUUUUUGCACAGCAUAAUGUUAAUUCAGAUUUUUAAAGCUUUCUCGUAGUUAUUUAUUUAUACUCAAUGUAUGUAUUAGAGAAUGAUUAAUGUCUCAAAAACAGCAAGUUAUGAACUUUUGAAUGUACAGAUAUCUUAGGUCCAAAGGGGAAAAUUACAUAUUACAAUCAUGAAGAAUUGUUAUCUUCCAUACCCCUAAACUUAGGAUCUCUUGAUAUAAAUUGCUGUAAGUGCUUUUGGGAAAAGUUUGCAACAUUUCGAUAAAAUUGCUUUUCAAGUAAUCGACAAUUACAUAAAUUCUAUUUAUAUCAUGUUUUCUCCUUACUGUGAAUUAGCACAGUAUUGGCCUCCUUAAGACUAAUUAACUAAUUUCCCUAGGUCUUUAUAACAGCUCUUUAAGUUGUUAUUAAACUAGGUGAAAAUAUAUGAGACCAUUUUUAAAAUAACUAUUAUAUAAACUUUUCAAAGUAUACUAUGAAAACGAUACUGGAAUGCAGUGUAAAGCAGAAGCAAAUGGCCCCAGAUAACUUACUUGGAAAUAAUUUAUAUCAACUUAAGCUGUUAGGUCAUUGUGUUAACUUUUCUUAUGUGACCCUCACCAAUAUCCCUAAGCAAUGUCUUUGGAACUUCAGAGGAGAGGCUGCUUCCUACUGUGUUAGCUGUGCUGAGACAUUAGGAUGGGGGGGGUCGGGGUCGGGGUGGGGGGGGAUCCAGAUUAGGAAAUGAUCCAAUUAGUUUAUCUGGAAGGUUAACUCCCAGGACUCCAGAUCCGUGGAGUCCAGCCAAUAGUGUGAAUGUUUCAAAUUAAGCUGUAAGAGUUUCCCUGCGUUUGUGGAGCUGAUCUGACAGCAGAACAUCUCCAGGAGGAGGCGGCUGUGGUGUGAAUAUCACCUCCUGGCAAGGGAUGGCUGGAGUCUAGGUGCAUUGGCGCUAGAGAGAAGGUCCCUUGGCAUUGCUUUCGUCAGGUAGUGGGGGUGGGGGGAGGACAAAGGGGUGCUGGGGUGGGGAUGUAUUUAUAUAUAAUUUAGGUUUUGUUUGUACAGCGUACUGCAUCAUGUUAGGACACAUCCUUGUCCUGCUCUGCUUUUGCGUUUUUUUUACACGACAUGCAGAGGCACGGAAGUGCCCACGUCACUUCCACGUGUCGAGAAUGUAGACAGUGUUUCAGUACCAAAGUCUAAGAAAAAGCAAACUAAAAUUGUGACUUUUUUAUAGGUGAUAUAUUUGGGUUCUUCUCAACUUUGAAACUGUUUAGCACAGUUCCAUCGCGUUAUAUAAGAAGAUAACUUUAUCCAACAAGACUGGCUGAGUGUUGAAAAGCUUUAUGUACCAGCUGACUUAAUCAGCCAUAUUCAGCCAAGAGGGCUCUUCUUCGGCUACAGGUACUUUCAAGCCUGUGAUUCACUUCUCAUGGCUUGUGAAGCCGCUAGAUGUUGAGGUGUGUUCGUGCAGACACUUUGAGGACACCCUGAACUAUAUUUGUAGGGGUUUUGGAGGAAGACCCCCACAGGAGGUUUCCUCUGAGUGGCCGUCUGUCCCCACGCACUACAUAAUUCAGCAGAAACAGGAGGAGCUGGGCUUGUGGCUGAUUGGAAGGGACACUGUUCUCUCUGCUGAUCAGCUAACCGCUUAGCUGCCAAGCCCUUAGGCAGCUCAGUUUAAAGAUACACUGUUAACCCUUCCUUUCUCUGGGAGGCCCAGAGGGAACCUCUUGGAUGAGCCUGUUGGAAUUAAUCUAAAUGAUGUGAUGGAUUGAUUCAGGUGGAGCUCAACUAGCAAGAGGGGCGGGUGCUGUGUUACUCAUUAGCUGUCAACUGGAAACAGUGUUCUUGCCUCUCAUUGGCAUGUGAGGUCUAAGGUGAGAAUUCAGGGUGGAAAGUGCAAUUUAAAGCUUCACAGGAAAGCAUUUGGGUAUGUAAGGAGUUAUUUCUGACCAGAGCCCUAAUUUUGCAACAUGACCAAAACCAAGGAAUAAAAAUAACAAUCAGGCUCUGGGAGAAUAAAAGGCAGGCUUUAGACAAUCUGUCCACUUCUGCAUCAUAAUUGGAAUGAAUGUAUAUAUCUACUUAAAAAUUAAUAGAAGUGACUUUAUUUUCUGAGCUGUCCCAGAAUUGUCUUAAAAUUAUUAUUUUUUUAAAAUCUGAAACCCCAUUUCAAAUCUUGCCAACCUCGGUUCAAAACCCCCUAAGAAAUCACUCUGGGAAAUGAUGGCGACUUGUUAAAAUAGCAAAUCCUUUCAUUUCUAUUAAGAAGAAAAUAUCCAAAAAGAGGGAGGGAGCCCUGUUGCCUUGAGAGAAACAGCCUUGGCAUUUUCCGGCAUUAAUGUAGGAAUAAUGUUCUUAUGAUGACAUAUUUUCAAAGAAACACUUUCUUAUUUACUGCGUGGUGUAAAAUGUCGCUAAAUGUGUUCUUACAUUAUUAUGUCACUGCUGAAAGUUAUUUGCACUAUAAUAAAGGAAUUUUCUACAAAA